AUGUCUUCUCUUCUCUUCUCUUCUGUUUUAAAAUCUUCUUUUCUUUUUUCUUUUGAUGUUUUCUCUUCUCUUUUUUUCUCUUCUGAUGUCUUAUCUUCUGUUCUGAUUUCUUCUUUUCUCUUUUCUUCUGAUUUUCACGCCUACGGGGACCACUCUCAGAUCAACUACCUCCGUAUGCAGCACCGCACCGCUAGUCAAGAGUUGGAGUUCCUCUGCGACGGCACCGUCGUCUACGGCAGUCCGACGCCGGACGUUGACAAGAUCGACUACAGCCGAGCCACGGCAUUCCGAGCCACGGCAUUGUUGGCGCACAACUACCGCGUGAUUGACUUGGCCGCCGGCGAACGGCGACCCGCCGAUGAAGAGUUCGUUGACAAACUUGUGUACAGAGACGCCAUUGGACGACCCGACGUUAGCGUCUUGGUGGAGCACGAUGGUUGCCAGUCACAACGUCAUGGUUACAGGGAAGCUGGGCAUGGGUUUUCUAUCACAGUCGAUGCUAUUACUUCUGUUGGGCAUGACUUUUCAUUUUCACCUUUCAAGCCAACUAGCCUCCAGUUCAUCCCUACCUCGUAUCCAGGCGAUGCCAGCCGUGACAACAGUUGCUGGCCACUCGUGAUCCGCACUGGAGGAUCACAUUUCACCACUUUCCAAUUCACUCACGAAUAG